AUGAUGUUUGUCUUGGUCUGUCUUUUUUUCAAGUUCCUUUGCACAGAAAAUGGAUGAUGGAGGGAAAAGCUGUAUUUCUGCAGAAGCACCUGAUACAAUGGAAUCAGUUUCUUUUCUCAGUGUAUUGGGUAAUCCUUCACCUAUGGAGUCAACUGUAUUGCCUAAUACAGAGGAACGGCAGGCAUAUCAGCCUUUGAAAGUCUUCUUGAGAGUGAGGCCUUUUUCUGUAGCGGAGCUUGAAAACCCUGAACCUCAGUGUUGUCUAACUAUUGAAGAUCACCAGACAGUAAUUCUUAAUGCACCCAAAGAGUCUUCUGCAGUGAAAAACAGUGAAAAAGGAAUUGGUCGCUCUGUGCACAAGUUCACAUUUUCUCAGGUCUUUGGACCAGAAACUACUCAGAGUGAAUUUUUCGAAGGCUCAAUGAAAGAGAUAGUAAGAGCAUAUGUUAAUGGAGUGAAUGGACUGGUGUUUACUUAUGGGGUUACAAAUGCAGGCAAGACAUUCACUAUCCAAGGGACUUCAAAGGAUUUUGGCAUUUUACCUCGCUCACUUGAUGUGGUUUUUAACCACAUCAGGGGAAGACAUUAUCUGAAGAUGAACUUCAAGCCGUAUUUGAGUAAUGAUGUUAAGAAACUAGAAGAUGCACAAGUUAAACAAGAAGAAGCUAUGAAAAUGGCUGUUCUUGCAUCACUGAAAGAGAAUCUAACUCUACUGUAUGGAUACUUGGUGAACCUUGGAAUAAGGCAACUGUCUGGUUUUGGAGCUCAGGGUAAACUGGAAGAACUUUCUGCAGCAGCCAGCACACAGGACACAGAAGGCAGCUCAAAUACUAUAACAGAUACGUGUGAUGUGGAGUCGAAUUCUUCCAACUGUACCUCAAAAAGUCUUCCUUCUGAUUCACUAGCAGAGAAGAACUUUGUUCCACUUGAUAAGUACAGGAGUAAUAUACACCAAAAGACACAAGCAUCUGUGUGGAUUUCCUUCUGUGAAAUUUAUAACGAAUAUGUGUAUGAUCUAUUAAAUGUAUUAUCUACAUCAAAAACUCAGAAGCGCAGAGUCUUAAGAAUUUGUGAGGAUCAAGCAGGAAAUUCUUAUAUUAAAGACUUAAAGUGGAUUAACAUUCAGAGCACUGAAGAAGCCUGCAAAAUACUAAAAAUAGGAAACAAGAACCGAAGCUUUGCUUGUACUAGAAUGAAUGAGCAAUCAAGUAGGAGUCACAGUAUAUUUUCAAUCAGGCUACUAAAGCUAACUGAUGAGCAUCAGCCGCGUGUUCUUGGAGUUUCAGAGUUGUCUUUCUGUGACUUGGCUGGGUCAGAGAGGUGUAAUAAAACACACACCUUUGGAGACAGACUAAAAGAAGCAGGAAAUAUUAACAAUUCUCUUCAUAUCCUUGGAAAAUGCAUUGCAGCACUGAAGCAAAAUCAAAAUCCAAAGAUGAAGCCAAGCUAUAUUCCAUUCAGAGAGAGCAAGUUGACUCGUCUGUUUCAGCCAUUCUUCUGUGGAAAAGGCACAGCUUGUAUGAUUGUAAACAUUAAUCAGCAUGCCUCCACAUAUGAUGAAACACUACAUGUAAUGAAAUUUGCAGCUAUAGCCAAACAGGUAAUCCAGACAAUCCUACCAAAAGGUUUAGAUGGUUUUUCACCCAAGCUUGUUGGAGGUUGUGGCAAACCUAUUAUGCAGUUUGAUGCUGGUACAUCUGUAGAUGACUUUCCUGACAGUACUGAAACCUAUGCAGAAGAGGAAGUGGACAUCACCAUUCUGAGUCACGAGGAUCUCUUGAAAACUGCAGAGGACCUAAAGGAGAAGCUAGUUGCAGAAAGGCAAAGCAAACUCUCAUUGGAGGUGAAGAUACGUAGAGAGAUGGCAGAAGCAAUGUUCCGACAGCUGUUGGAAACAGAGGAAGCUUGGAGCAACCGUUUGGAAGAUAUGAAAGACAGUUAUGAAGAAAAACUGGAGAGCAAAUUUGAAAUGUAUAAAGAGGCCAUCAAGAAACAUGCAUAUAUGUGUGCAAUGGAACAAAUUGAAGACCAGUAUGUUCCCAUAGAAGAAUUUCUAGCUGAACAAGAGAAAGUUGAGGAUAGAGAGAAUAAAAUACUCCAAUUGGAAAAGCAACUUGACGAACAGUCAGGGAGGCUGUUGGCUCUGGGAAGUCCGAAUUUGGAUAUACCAACUACUGAAAAUAACAUGGAACUAGAACUUCUGAACAAGACGAUGCAGAGAGCCAAUGAAGGACUGCAGAAACAAUGCCAAGAGAAAGAAGAGCUUAUAAAAUCCCUGAAGUUAAAAAUACAGAAAUUAAAUGAAACUCUGCUAGAAGCUAAUGCAAACUACAGAAAAAUGGCAGAAGAGAACAGUCAACUGAAACAUACAAUCAUGCUCAAGGAUCAAGAAAUGAGUAGUCUUCAGAACUGGGCUAAACGUGUUCUUGAGCUGGAAGAAACAGUGUCUUCCCUGCAAAAAGAACUUGAUGACCAGAAAAAGCAUUUCUCUAAGGAGGAGCCAAAACAACAAAAGCCCAGGAAAGGUUUGUUGGCUAACCUGAAAUCCACAGUAGCAGCCACUGCUAUUACACCUCUUGGUAAAGGCUGGGGGAAGUGUGAAGGUGUCUCAUCCUCUUCAGGAAAACAAGUACUGUUGGCUCAUAAAGUAAAGGACUAAUAUUUGGUUAAUCAAAGUGUGCAGUUACUGGGCUUUUUUAUCUGAAACUGUUGGUAGUUUUUCACACUUGUGGAUGCCAUCUUCACUGUUGUGUUAACUGACAGAAAAAUGUUAAUACAGAACUCUUUUAAUUGAAUCAGUAUUGAAUUCAGAGCUAUGUAAGCUUAGAUCUAAACUUGUGUUUUUAAUGUUGAUACAGGGAUGUGAUUGGGGAAAUAAAUAUGUAAUUUUAAUUCUUGAGCUGCUUGAACUUCUGUCAUGGCCUUCUAUACUGGUAAAUGUGUGAUUUAUGCGAAGUGGGAUGUUCAUCUUCUGCUUGUUACCAUUUUAAACUAAGUAUUUCCUUUCAUUGUUGAUUCCUAGAAAUCUGAGGGCUUGUAAACUUAACCUCAAGUAGUUAGAAUAGCUGG